CAAGAGCUGUCUGGCUACAAAGAUUAUCACACUUAUUCCACGAUGUGACUCCAAGAAAAUGAAGAAACCAGAGUGGCUUAUAUCCCCGGAAAGACAAGGAGGAAUGUGUAAUGAUCAAGGCUGGUAAACCUCGGGAAGACGAAGCCCCACACUAGCUGCAGAUUUGCCAAGCACCCGUUUCAUUUCUUCAGUUCUAUCAACUGAAAUGUUGUAUGAGAACAACAGAUCCUUGUGAGAGUGAAUGCUUCUUUCUUAAUAAGAACAACAGAUCUAAGUUGACAUAUUGAACACUUAUUUUUUAAUACAUUUUUGUGUUUUAACAUUUGAUAAUAUAUUGAUGUUCUAUCUACUAACUCAUGCGUCCUUGGAAAAGGAAAAAAAAAAACUCGUGCCAUUUUGUCGUCUAAACCCUUUUAUUUUAUUUGCUUUGGUGUUUUUUUUGAGCAAAUAUUUGCUUUGCUGUUAUAGGUCCGUUUGCUAACCCCAGACCAUGAAUUUGCGGCCUAUAGAUGAUUUCUUUUAGCCAAAUCUAAGACAUAAUACAUCACGGGGUGGUCUUUUAAAGUGGUAACAGGUUAGGUUAAUUUUAUAAUAUCAACUUUUUAUCAAACAAUUGGAUAUACGGUGGAGAAUGAUGCACAUUGGACUACUUGUUGACUAUGUACUUUUAGGCCACGAAUUGGAAAUACACACGUUGCAAAUGCCGAAACCUCUCUCUCUCUCACCCUUUAAAUAUUUAUCUCAUUCUUUGCUUCUUAGUUACAUUUACAUUUUCUCACUAACACAAAUCCCAUAAAAGAGAGAGGCACAGAAGCAAUGAACCGACAGAGUUUGAAGAGAUUUCAGUUCCGGAGAUGGGGAAAACGAAUCGGAAACUCAACGACUACGGCCUCAGCUAAGCUAGGAAACUCAGAGGAAAGAACGAUUGUGGCGUUUGCGUUCUCAUCAUCAUGUUUUGGGAAACCUCCUCGCGUUCUCGUGAAGCAAUUUCUUUGGAGGUUGAAGUCGCGUUUGAGACUGUCCAGGAAGAGUGAUACUCACAAUAUUCAGUGUAGCUAUGAUCUCCGGAGCUAUCAUCUGAAUUUCGACGACGGUUGGUCUCGUCGGCGAUAAUUUCAAACUUUCGUAUUAUUAUAUUAUCUAUUUUUGGAGCCAUAUAUUGUCUUGUUUUGUAUAUAGUUAAAAGUCUCAAUCUGAAAGAGAAAAAAAAAAACACUUUUGUUCAGAUGCUUUGUAUAUUCUGUCGAAUAAAGGAAAAAACAUAUCUCAGAAAGAUAUCAAUGUUUUAUGUUUUUAUUUAUUAAUAAUAUGAAAUCA